GUAAGAUAAAAACAAACAAAAAAAAACUGCAGGCAGAACUUUUGUGACGUUUCCAGCCGGACUGGUUUUUGCGGUGACGCGCAGAAGGCGGAAGUGUGCUUGUUGUUUAUCUGUCGUGAGGAACGAUGGCGGUGAGCGCGGUGCACCUGGAGUCGGACGCCUUCCUGGUGUGUAUGAACCACGCGCUGAGCACGGAGAAGGAGGAGGUGAUGGGUCUGUGUAUCGGGGAGGUGGAGAGCAGCCGGAUCGUCCACGUCCACUCCGUCAUCAUCCUCCGCCGCUCCGACAAGCGGAAGGACCGGGUGGAGAUCUCCCCGGAGCAGCUGUCCGCCGCCUCCACCGAGGCUGAGCGUCUGGCUGAUCUGACCGGGAAGCCGAUGCGCGUGGUAGGCUGGUACCACUCGCACCCGCACAUCACCGUGUGGCCCUCCCACGUGGACGUGCGCACCCAAGCCAUGUACCAGAUGCUGGACCAGUGCUUCGUCGGACUCAUCUUCUCCUGCUUCAUCGAGGACAAGAACACGCGCACGGGCCGUGUGCUCUACACCUGCUUCCAGUCGGCGCAGGCCCAGAAGGCCAACGAGUAUGAGCGCGUGGAGGUCCCCGUGCACGUGGUGCCGCGUCACGCCAUCGGCAAAGUGUGCCUGGAGUCGGCCGUGGAGCUGCCGCGGAUUCUGUGCCAGGAGGAGCAGGACACCUACCGCAAGAUCCACAGCCUGGCGCACCUGGACCCGGUCACCAAGAUCCACAACGGCUCGGUGUUCACCAAGAACCUGUGCAGCCAGAUGUCGGCGGUCAGCGGGCCGCUGCUGCAGUGGCUGGAGGACCGGCUGGAGCAGAACCGGCGCAGCGUCCAGGAGCUGCAGCGGGAGAAGGAGCUGCUGCUGCAGGAGCUCGGCGCCCUGUGAGGAGAAGCAGAACAUCAUCUCCUCCGAGGAGGAGGAGCUGAAGCCACCAGCUGUCUGGGAAACAGGAUUAUAAAAACACAUUUUCAGCCUGUUGCUUUACAUGGGCAAGAGCUGCUGCCGGCCACGCCCCCUUUGUCAAACUGAUGUGUAACAUCAAAGUCAAAGCCUGAUUAAAAUCAGUUUAUACACAACAUGACGUCAUUAACUAAAACUGGAGCUGCACCUAAAUUAUUUUCAUUGAUUUUUAUUAAAUUUAUUAUCCAAGUUUGAAGAUAUGCAUGGCCAGAUUUCUUCCAAUAUUCUUUGUGUGACAGCUCAAUGUUUUGUUUUUUGUUUGUUUUGCGUGGCAUCUCCACAGUUAAUUUGACACAAAUUUAAUGCCAGACAUCCUUCCUGACACAACUGCAGAUGUAUAUGGACAGUGGGCCCUGAACCAGGAGCCUUCUGUUUGGGGAAUAAGCACUACUAAGUGCUUGCACCCAUCCUACUUCCCUGCCCCAAUUCUGCAAAAUAAUUUAGAAGCUGCAAUGAAUAACUAAAUUAUAAAUAUAUUUUCUGGUGAUCAAUUAAUCAAAUUGUCAUACAUUGAUGGUCAGACUGUUAUAUUUUUUUCUACUCUGCUGCUGGGAAAAAAAGGUCAGGACUUCUGUAAUUUAUGUAAAUCAGUUGCACAUGAUCAGAAUGUGUCCAAAUAACAUAAUUUUCUUAUGUUUCUAUUUGAGAAACAUAAGAAAAUUAUAUGGAAACAUUCUGAUCAUGUGGAAAUUAAGACCUGCAUAGUAAUUAUUUUUAUUAUUGUCAAUUAAUUAGUUCUGAGCAGAUUUUGUCCAUAAAAUGUUCAUAGUUAAAAAAUAAGUGUCAGUUUCUUUAAAUAUGGUGCUGCAGGGUUUCAAGUGCUGUUGUAAUAAUUUUUAUGUGCACAA